UAAUCAGCAGGAAUCUCUUCCUCCGAGAUGAAUAUUAUUUCCAUUUUGAAGAAAAAGACAAAGUCCCUGACAGUAGAGAAGACAGUGAAACUAGCAGAAAACCCAGAUGUCUUUUCUACACAUGUGACCAAGGAAUUACCAGCAAGGGACAUCAUUGAUAAAGGGUCAUUUUUCCAGAGAGUGAUGUUGGAAAGAAAUGAUUUUCCUGGCAUUGAGGAUUUUCAGUUCAUGCAAGUCAUGGAAAAUGUGCAUGAGUGUGAGAGUCAGUGGAGAGGAGGUGAAAGAAAUAACAGAGUGACUAUGGCCCAUAACAAGAUGUUCUCAGGUAGAGAUCAACAUGUUAAAACAGAGGCAGGAAACAAGUACAUGACAGUUUUUCAUAACUCACUUGCAUUAAGCUUCUCGUCACAUGUGACUGACAUGCAGACGUGUCACACUGGACAGACAAUGUCUGCAUGCCAUCAGCUGGAGACGGCUAUCAACAAUGGAUCCUCACUGUCAUCUCUCCCCAGUAUUUCACCUACUAUCCAAAGCAGCAUUUCUAAUGACUGUGGGGGAAUGUUCAUGCAUCCUUCUUUGUUUACAGCACACCAGAAAACUCAUAGCAGAGAGAAACCUUACAAAUGUAAUGAUUGUGGCAAAACUUUUAACUGGAGCUCAAACCUCACUAAACAUCAAAGAAUCCAUACUGGGGAGAAACCUUAUAAAUGUAAUUUGUGUGGCAAAGUUUUCACUCAACGUUCCAGCCUGAAAAGUCACUACACUAUUCAUAGUAGAGAGAAACCUUUCCAAUGUAUUGAAUGUGGUAAGGCUUUCUCUGGAAGAUCAACACUUGUGGAGCAUCAACGAACUCAUAGUGGAGAAAAACCUUAUGAAUGUAAUGAAUGUGGCAAGGCUUUUACACGAAAAUCGGGUCUUCUGAAACAUCAGCAAAUUCAUAGCGGAGAGAAACUGUACAAAUGUAGUGAAUGUGGCAGAGCUUUUAACACUCCAUCAAACCUUUGGAAUCAUAAGAAAAUUCACACCGGAGAGCAAAAGUACAGAUGCAAUGAAUGUGGAAAAGCCUUUAAAUGGGGCUCAAACCUCACCAGACACCAGAGAAUCCACAUUCUAGGAAAACCAUAUAAGUGUGAUCUGUGUGCCAAGAGCUUUAGUCAUCCUGCAAGCCUUAGAACUCAUCAGAGAUGCCAUACUGGAGAAAGACCUUUCAAAUGUAUUGAAUGUGACAAGGCCUUUACCCAGAAGUCGGGUCUUGUAGAGCAUCAGCGAAUUCACAGCAGAGAAAAACCGUACAAGUGCAGUGAAUGUGGUAAGACUUUUAGCAGUAGAUCAGUCUUUCGGAAACAUAAGAUAAUUCAUACUGGAGAGAGUCCUUACAAAUGCAUUGAAUGUGGUAAGGCCUUUUCUGAGAGAUUAAAACUUGUGGAACACCAGCGAAUUCAUAGCGGAGAGAAACCUUACAAAUGUAUUGAAUGUGGUAAGGCUUUUACCCGAAAAUCAGGUUUUUUGGAACAUCAGCAUAUUCAUAGUAGAGAGAAACCUUACAAAUGUAUUGAAUGCGGGAAGGCUUUUACCCGAAAAACAGCUCUUUUUGAACAUCAACAUAUUCAUAGUGGAGAGAAACCUUACAGAUGUAUUGAAUGUGGUAAAGCCUUUGCCCGAAAAUCGGGCCUUUUGAAACAUCAGCGAAUUCAUAGUGGAGAGAAGCCUUACAAAAAUAAUGAAUGUGACAGGGCUUUUUACAGUUCAUCAAUCCUGUGGGAACAUAAUCAGAUUUAUACUGGAGAUUUUAGCCAAGCAGUAGGCCUAUGAUUUAAUAAAAACAACAAGGAGUAGUGUACUCCUCAAUACAGUAAUCUAAUAUAAGACCCAAAUGGCAGCAAAUGCAUAAAAUCAAAGCUCAGAAGGGAGGAAGGGAGGAAAGGGACAAGUGGAACUCACGAGGAAGUGGGAAGAAGGCUUUUACAUCGAGGGGAUUGUAGCCAGUGCCUUGGAACAAAAUGUGUGUAAAUUAUCGAUUGGGAAAGUGAUUUAUAAACUUUUUUUUUUAAUUUAUAAACUCACCACAACUGCAAUAAAAAGUUUUAACAAGUGAAUGUGGCAUGGGGGUAGUAUAUAAAGCCUUUG